AUGCUCGAUUACUCCACGACGAAGAGGAUGCGGGUUUUCCGAGAGCUGGAGGUCCCCUCGGCCGUUUCCGACAGCAGCGACGACGGCGCCGAUAGCGACGACGAUGACGAGGGCAGUGGCGUCGGCGGUGGCGGCGGGAGUGGCGACAACUCUUCGGGUUCCGCGGCGGCGACAGCGGUCGGACUGACGAGGAGCCUGCCAAGCAACGAUGCCAACCAUGGUGGUGGCGAAGCCGCCACUGCCGCCGCCGCCGAUUUACCGAGACGGCGUGCCCGCUUGGGAGCGCUCGCGGUUGGCGGAAGCGACGGUGGCGGCGGCGGCGGGGGGCUCCUGGCGCCGCUCCGUGAUCGCAGCUCCCAGCCCACACGGUUCACGAACGCCGACGUGCUCCGUGGUAUGUCGAGAGCCACGACCGCGCCAGCUUCGAGCACUACCGGCCCCAGCAGCAGCAUCAGCGACAGGGUCACGGCUCAGGCUCCCACCGGUCGGCUAGGGGGUUCGGAUGCGGCGGCGGCGGCGGCGGCGGUGGGGGAGUCCUCGGGGCUUGGUUUUGCUGUGUUCCGCGACGACGCGAGGGAUGCUGCUGCUCCUGCUGCUUCCGGUGCUAUCGGUGGUGGUGCUGCUGCUGGUUCCGCUCAGGGCUUAGGGUUCCCCGUCUUCGCGGAUGCCGCCGGUGACGGUAAGGUCAGCGGCGGCGGCGGUGGCGGCGGCCUGGCAGGGGCCUCGUCUGAUCUAGGUUUCUCCGUGUUCAAGGACGGCGAUGGAGACGCGAGUACCGGCGAUGUCGGUGUCGACGAUAGUGCGGCAUCGGCGGCGGCGGCGGCGGCGGCGGCGGAAUCAGUGGCCACGGCGACCCCGAGUUCUCCCGGCGGUUUGACGUCUGCUGAGGCUUCAUCGGGCGGCGGCCUUGGGUUCGCCGUCUACCGGGACCGCGGCGGUGAUAGGUCUAAAGACGACUGCAGCGGUGGCAGUGGCAGCGAUGAUGCGUCGGCUGGUGGCGGCGGUGGCUUUCCUCGAUCGAUGCCAAUGGCGGGACAUGCUCCGGGGUUCGCCCGAGCGGAGAAGAAAUUGCCAGGUGCCGUCGUGAGGGUUUUUGGGCGUGGUCCUGCACCUCCGGGUGAUGAUGCCGCUGGUGCCACGCCGGAAGUAGCAGCAGGCACGGCGGCGGCAUCGUCGUUGCCGUUCCCGGUGUUCGUAGACGCAAACCCGCCUCCCGCCGGAAAACCCCGGAAUCGCGGCGCAACCGCCGCUUUCUCGGCACCCGCAGAGAAAGCCUUAGAGGAGGAGCUCCCGCUGCCCCUGCCGGCGCCCGCAGCGGCGGCGGUUGUUAUGUCGCCGUCCUCGCGCAGGCGCGGAGGAGAGCUUUCCAUCCUGGACGACAGCUACGAGUGGGACCCGUCGGCCCCGGGCCACCUGUCGUCCUAUAACGUCUACGACGACUCCCCGACCCGGCUCGACGACGACGCCGCUUGCGGCGGCGCCGGCGACGCAGUCCGGAGCGGCGUCGACGUCGCCGUUCCUAGGCACGUUCUUGGUGGGUCCUCUGCUGGUGGUGCUGCUCGUGCGCAAGUUGAGGCUACCCCCGCGUCCGGCGGCGGCGGCGGCGUUUUUGAAGGAGGGCGUUUGUUUCAGGACGGUGGCUCAGCGGUGACGGUGUCGGCGGCGGGGCGGGGAGGGGGGGAGAGCUCCGGCGGUGUGGUGAUGCCGGCGGCACCGCUGAGUGCGUCCCUGAGGAGGAAGAGCACCGCGGCGGCGGCGGCGGCGGCGGCCGGCGGCGGCGGCCAACGCCUGUCGCGCAUUUCUGAAGGGGGGGGCGGUGAAAUUUUUCGCUCCACAGAGAGGAUAGGUGGCGGCAGCAGCGGUGUCGGUCGGGAAGAUCACGCCGCGAGCGACAACGUGUCCUCGUCUUUGAUGUUCGAUGGCAACGACAGCAGCGAUGGGGAGGGCCUGGACGGGUACUCGGUAUCGCGCGCGGGGUGGCUGAGGCCGCGUACGCCGGCGGGAGCCACCGCCGGCCGCGGCGGCGGCGGCUGCGGCGGCGGCGGCGCGGGGGAAUCCUCGCGGCAGUCCUUCGGGAGCACGUGGGGCGGGUGCUCGACCAUCAAGCGCCGACCCGGGGACGAUGAUUCUGGGGCUGGUUGGAGCUCCGCUCGCCGUCGCGGGGCGGUAAGCGCGGGGCUCGGGCACCACCACCAAGAUGAGGAGGGCGAAGGCGCCACCCGCGGAGUAGGAGGAGCUGAGAGGAGAAGCAGCGGUGGUGGCGGCGGCGAAAGCGUUGCGGACGGCUUCGCGACAGAGAGAUCGAUGCACCCGGGUGCCGGUGUUGGCGACAGCAGGUGGGGCAACGGGAGAAAAUCAUCGUCCUCUGGCGGCGGCGGGCCGUAUGCCGCGGGCGAGGCGUCCGUGGCCAGGUCUGUAGCCGCUGCUAUUGGCUGCGACGGUGUAACUCCGCUGCCUGCCGAGCGCGGUGGGGGACCCCGGGAAGACGGUGCGGCGGCAAGAAGAGCGAGUUCCAACCCUUACUCCGGCGGCGGGGGUUCCGCCGGGCGGGGCGGGAGGGGGGCCUCCGCGGUCGGAGAGCGGGUGCCGGGUGGGCGCGCCGACUACCACUCGCUCUGCUUCUCGAGCUCGUCUUCUAGUAGUGUCACCACCACCACGCCGCACAGCAGCUCGCUGUCGGCGUCGUCGCCGUUCCCGAACCUGCUGGACGGCGGCGUGGACGAUUCGACUUCCUCUACAUCGUAGAAUGGAGCCGGCGGUGCUACUGCUGCGGUGAUUGAUGAUGACGGUCAUCAUCGUCGUUGUUCUUUUCGGGGGAGGAUUCCACUUCCUCCGCGUCUUAGCGAAGUUGGAGGUGAUGCUGCUGCUGCUGCCGCUGCUGCUGCGGUGAUUGCUGAUCGCAGUCGUCGUCGUCAUUGUGGUUGGCGGGCAUCUCGAUCCACCGCUGAACCUCGAUGGCGGGAUGGGUGCUGCGAUAAUUCAUCAAUGGUCGUUGUUGCUGUUGGCGUUCGGUUUUAUUCCAAGGCUGAAGCGGUCAUCUAUGGCGGAGUCGGUGCGGUGGUGAUCUGAUCUUUCGUUGUUGUUGCGUUUCGUUUUUUCGUUUCGUUAUUGUUGCGUUUCGUAAAUCACGGGUAUCGAUUCAGAUCUGCGGUGGUGUCAUGGUCGUUGUCGUUUUGUUUCGCUUCAUUCGACGACGGAACCUCUGCGGAGUUUUGGUUCUGCGGUGAUUUGGCCAUUCAUUAUGGUGUUUUAUUUGAAGUUUAGGAAUCGAUCCGGCGUGGUGGCGGCGGUGGAACUGUCUGCCUCGUCGAGAGCUUUCCGAAAAAAAUGGGUUGACUUAGUUCGUACGUCCUCUUCGUCGUCGCGGAGUAAUGGAAGGGGUAGGAUCUUUCGUGUCUCAUACAGAGUACCGCGCUGUCGAGAGGUUUCCGAAAACACAUCGCUUAGGUUGUACGUCCUCUUCGCCGUAGAGUAACAGAGCUGUGAUCAUCGGUUCGGAGUGGGUGGGGUACCCUACGUAUCUUCACUUUCUGCUCACCCCGACCCGGACUUGACGCUUGGUAUACCGCGGUUAAUAAAUCGAGUGUCGGUUUUCUAUUUUGGCCUACUGGCGCGAGUAUUGUUACUAAUAUAUAUAUAAACUGCUGUGCGCCACAUUUCCCGUCUCGUUCGGAAGCGGUUCAAUGACUGCCAGCAGUAAUUUCGGUUUGCGGUGGGGGGGACAGUGCGCGAUGGACCCAUUGUCACACACUGGAAGUAGCUGGCAGGAAAUGCCGAUGGCUCGGCUCAGUGCCUCUUGUAACUCUCUCUCUCUCCCUCUCUCACUCUCUCUUUCUCUCUCUCUUUCUCGCUCUGUAUCUCUGCCUCUCUGCGUGGUCGACGACUUUUUCGCCUCGGCGAAAAGUCUAAAUAAUAAACUUGAGGGUAUCACGGAGCCUGUAUAUUGAGUAGGGAAGGGUUGGAUCAGCUUGGUUGGAUACAUGGCAGGGGUGAGGGGUUGGAUAACAAGUGAAUGCGUCGAGGUAGAUACGGGCCUGGUGGUAGGUAGCAUAUCAGCUCCGGCAGCAAAUGGAUACAAUGCUUUGCACGCGUCAAGUUUGGGACAAGGUUCGUUAAGGCAGGGUAGUUAUCGAUGCAAUCUCAAGAUCAUGAAAAAAAGUUCGGGCAAGAGUGUUUGUAGGGUGGCUACAUCGACUCAACAAAUCAAGCCCAUGUUUAAGUAUUCUAUUGAAGUUUCAUGUGGACUAGUUUCUCGUCUCUCAUUGGUCCGGGUUACAACGCGGAAGAAAUAAGGCUUGCGCGCAUGUUGAGUUUUGGGACUGCAGAUUUAUCCGUGCAGGUGACUACCCACUCUUUACUUCCAAAGAUUUUUUUUCUUGCUUCAAGUUCACGCAAACGUUUUUUUUUUUCGUCCUAUACGUAAAUAACACACUGACAAGUGCACAUCUCACCACGAACAUGAGGGGGCUGUCGCCAUAAUAAAUGGGAC